AUGGGUCAGUCACGGAAAGUCAGCGUAGACGAGAUGAAACUAAAGCUGAGCCGCUCUGUCCAACGUGUCGCAGCGGACUCGAAUGCGGCUACGGGUGUAGGUGUAACAGCGAUCAGCUGCUCAUCGCCGCGCGGUCGUGCGACGACGUCCUCCCAGCCGCCAGCAGCCUCGAGCUCGCCUCUCCGCCAAUCAUACGCCGCCACAACGACCACAGCAGCAGAGAACACCGACUCGCAAGACCUCAACGACGUCCUCACCGACAAGCUCGCCUCGCUGGCCGAAUAUCCCGAGGGAGAUCUUGAGGUCACCGCACUGCUCGGUCUCGCUGCCGCCCAAACCCCUUUGCUCGAACGUCAUCAACAGACAACGCCACAGCUUGACCUCGACGCGCUCGUCGCAUCUUCAGCCGCAGUCGGAUUGGACACGGGUCAGUCUCACCGGCGCUAUUGCGGUUCUGUGUCGCAUGCGCUGACGAACAGCGUUCCCCAAUCUCUAGCCGAGUCGGGUAUGAUGACCGCCUCCUCCGCCUUUGAGGAUGAUUCAAACAGUCUGGCCCCACCGGAAGCCGACGACGGCAUCGAUGGCCAUGCCUACACGAACCCGCCUUCUCCCGAACUGAAUCCGAUCCAGUACAACGCCGAAGACGAGCUCAGACCGAGUGCUCGUCCCCCCUCCUUUGCGUUCGCCUUCUCCCGUCGGAGAAGGGUCUCGACCGCCCCCGCCGCAGGUCCGAGUUCCAACACCUCGGCCUUCACCCUCGCCGCUGCGAGUCGGUUCGACGAUCGGGGACUGGACGGCGAUCCCAGUUUGAUGCGGUCACCCCCCCUGAUUGGGCAAUUCACCCUUGCGAAUGGCCAACACGGUUACGGCCAAGGCUCGAUCGAGUCGACGCCCAACAUCGUCGAGAUCGAAUCCUCAUCCGUGUUAUCCUCAAGCCAGAGUCGACCUGCCUUUUCGGGCAACGCCUCGAUGAUGCUCAACCCAGAGAAUUCGUCGCUCUUCAACCCAACCGCACCCUUGGACGAACCCCCGAUCGCUUCGACUUCGAACCUCAACGCGAUCCCACCUUUGGGCCCAGAUGGCCAACCGACCGUCGCUUCCUUGACGAUUUCGCCCAUGCCGUUCCAUUAUAUCAACUUUGCUGCGCCUUUGAUGGAAUCCUCCUUCGAACGAACACCGAUGCUCGACGACCCGGACCAUUUCCGAAGUCUCAACGACGCACCGACGGGUGAUUUAGAGAGCGAAAAGCAUCGCUCGGCCGCCGAUUUCAGCUCGACCUUCACCUCGGCCCAAGUGAACGAAGAAGCGUUUCGACAACACGAUGCGGCCAAGGCCGCACGGUUGUUGCAGUACCAACAGAGGAUGAGACAACGUAUGGCGGCGGCGAAUGCGGGUAAGGGUAAAGGGGACGACGAGUCGAACUUGGGUAUGCAGUCACCUUAUUCGGGAUCGAAUCUGGGCAUGUCGGGCUGGAACGGUAGCGAUGCGGCGAGGAUGCGAGGUCCGGGAGGGAAUUUGGUUCGAGGUAGGAGAACGUCCUCGGCCGCUUCGACGCUCGCUAUGGCCGUGCAUGCGGCCAAGAUGCAGCAGCAGACACCCAGCAUCAAGGAUCCGACGAUCUUGCCUGCUCGACCACCUCACGACCUCGCACCCGAGACACGGUUCAACCAUAUCGUCCUCACGACACAUUGGCUCGACGACAAUACGUCCGAGACGAUCUCACUCUCCCAUCUUCCCGAGUACCGAGACUUGCUCGACCUACCACCCGAGUACCUUGCUUCUCAAUCGUUGAUGGACAUCUCGAACGGUCUUGUCCCUGGCCUGCGCGAUUACGGCGCCUUGCGGAAUCCGGGUCAAAUGUCCGCACCUCCAUCUUCGAUCACGACACAAUAUCCCGAUCUAUCUUUCGCCAAUCGAAGCAACACCUGGCGUGGCGCGUCGAUGAACUACUCUGAUCCUGCACUCUCGGCCCUCUUGCCACCACCCUCGACGCCCAUGUCGACGGCCUUGACAGCCGAUGCUUUGGCGAACGGACACACCGUGAUGGGUUCUGCGUCCGCGCUCAAGCGAUCUCGCACAUCCGACGGUGGUUCUUCGCGCGGUUCAUCGAAGAAGAAAACCAAAGGCGGUACGAACGGUCGUUCGUCGAGUCCUACCCCGCCGCCUUUCGAACCUACGGGAGAAGAACCUACGACAUGGCAACUCCAAUCAACGACGUGCCUUUCCAAGUCGAUCGAAGGCCAUCCGAAAUGUCACCUCUGUCUCGCGAUGAAGUCGGCUCCGACAGAAGAAUCCGUCGAUGCGGUAUGUGCGUUCAGAGGGGUCCGAUCGUUCGGUGUCGAUGCGAAGGGUUCGAUCAUCGCUUGUCCGACGAUCUUGAGUUUGGAUCAGGAUAUCGCGACGCAGUUGGAGGAACAACCGCAGUUUGGUCAGAGUCCGAAGAAGGAACAAGCGGACGAAUUGAGGACCGCGAUCGCACCUUCUUUGGGACCUUUGCUCGAAAGGGAAUUGCGUCAUGCGUCUUCGACACGCGCGGUACGAGUUCCUCGACAAUUGAGUACGACGGUGUUGUGCACGACCUGCUUGAUCGCUCCUCUUGCGGGCGAUUGGAUUUGUGAAAUUUGUGGUCGGGCCGCAUGCUCGAGGUGUUAUGAGGCCUUGGUCAAACUCGACGAAGCGAUCCAAGAUGGAACGUUCGACAUCAACGGUCUAACUUCGGAUCAACACCGACGAAGGCGUUGUCUCUCCCACGGCAAGAAACGCGUCAGCCCUCACUCCCACACGCAAUUCACCCCCUUGACGCGCAUCAACCGAAUCGAAAUGCAGUCCCUCCUCGCCGACGUGAUGCGAUGGAAGGCCGAACACCCCGUCCUUUCCCACAACGAAGCGAUCCCAUCUGACCAGAUCGCCUCUUUAUACUCGGAUAACCCGAUCCUCGCUUCCGAAAGACCCGGAAUCGUACUCGCCGUUCCAUCACUCACCAAAGACCUUUGGCACCAAAUAUGGGCUCGCAACGAACCUGUCCUUUUGGAUGGGGCCCCGAUCCAAGCGGGUGGUUUGGAUAAAUGGACGCCCGAGACGUUCGUCCAAAGGUUCGGUGACGUCUCUUUGACGUUGGAGAAUCACAAGAGUGGAGAAAGGACACCGACUCUUGCGAGUUACUUCUUUGGGAUGUAUGGUCAGACCAAGAGGGAUACGAGGAGUUGGAAGGUCAGGAAUUUCCCCGCAAAAGGGUUGAGGGAGGCCUUGCCCGAGUUGUCGAAUGCGGUGAGUGCUGGCGUACGUGUGUGAGAUGAGGGUUUGUCAAAGACUGAAACUGAUUCAAUGAUCUGACUUGAUAGUAUCUGGCUACGGUGCCACUGCCCGAAUUAUUGAGACCUGAUGGGGUGCUCAACCCGUUGUCGCACGUCCCUCUCAACGCUUUAGAACCCGAGGUCGGACCGCGAUGUGCUUUCACAUGGGCCGGUCGAGGGUCGACGUUGCUGCACAGUACGUACCUGCUCUUCCACAAGUCCCCACCAGCCGCCGACUGACACCCACUUCAUCUUGCACCUCCUCAGUGAAAGCAACAGACCACAUCAACCUGAUGACCUACACCUCCGCCACGGCCUCGGACGUCCCCGGUAGUGCACGCUGGGACAUCUUUCGCUACGAAGAUUCCGACGUCGUGCGCGCCUUCAUCCUCGAGUUGGUGGCUAAGAAGAUGGCCAAAGCGGGGACGACGAAGGCGCAUUAUCGGGAUGCUCAAGACGAGUGAGUUCGACGAAAUACUUUCUGCACGAUUCGUUGAGCUUUGUGGUAGCUGAUGUACGAGUUGAUUGUUUCCAGUCCCCUCUUUACGGAGAACGUCUUUCUCGACGCUUCGCUCCGAGCCGAGCUAUUCAAAUCGACCGGUAUCCGCCCUUACACGAUUUGGCAAGGAGUGGGCCAAUUCGUCGUCGUCCCCGCCGGUUGUGCGUUCCAAGUCACGACGUUCGAUGAUUGUCUCAGUUAUGCGCACGAGUUCAUCUCGAGUGAACAUGUCGCGAGGUCAUUGCAGAGUCAGUCUGGCGGAUAGAAAGCGUGCCGUGGGUAAAGCGCCGAGAUAUUGACCAUUGUUCUCUGUUUUUUUGUUUUCUCUCAGUCGACGCUUUGUCACGAUCGACCAAACGGUCCGAACGCGCCAACGCCCACCUCGCCCCUUCGCUCUACUGGGCAUGGGUGAGUCCUAUUCCCAACCAGCGUACUCCCAAUAAUUUCCAAUCUCUAACCUCAUCACCGCGCUUCCCCCCGCACCAGCAAUCCGUCACCACUUCCCUCCUGCCUCGUCAAGCCCAAAUCCCCCAAUUGGACAUCAUCCCCAUCCCCUUCCCCAUCCCCAACCCGACGAAGCCUUCCACCUCGUCCGCCUAUACAGCCCUUCCCCCUCUCCCUCCGAUCCCAGGUUCGACGAACGUCUCCCCCGACGCUUUACUACUACCCAACCCACUUCCCUUCGCUUCAGCAUCUUUAUCAACCUUGACCAAACCCGAAGGAGCGGAGGAAGAAGGAGCCAUUUCGUGA